AGAAGAAAGAGCGACAUGUCCAACUACGGAUACUACGAGGACCAGGGCCAGGCAAUGGCACCAUCGGGAACCCCCCGUGACCUCGGCGAGAUCAUCGAGAAGAUCCGUGCUGCAUGCCUCGCCCGUGGCGCCUCGGGCAUCAAGGGCCUCUCAAAGUGGGUCCGUGUCAUGGACGACGACAACUCGGGCUGCAUCUCUGUCCCCGAGUUUGCCAAGGGCCUGCGCGACUACGGCGUCCACGUGAGCCAGGAGGAGGUCGAGCGGCUGGCGCAGUACUUUGACACCAACGGCGAUGGGACGAUCAACUUUGAUGAGAUGCUGUACCAUCUGCGCCCGCCCAUGUCGGACUCUCGUCUUGCUCUCAUUGAUCAGGCCUUCCGCAAGAUCGAUGUCACCGGAGAUGGUGUCGUCACUGUCGAGGAUCUGGCCCACUCGUACGACCCCCGUCAUCACCCCAAGUACAUGUCUGGCGAGUGGGACGCAGAGAAGGUCUUCCUCCAGUUCCUCCGCUCCUUUGACUCGCCUGCAAACCCCGAUGGCGUCGUCACCAAGCAGGAGUUCGAGUCCUACUACUGGGGCGUUUCGGCCAGCUUGGACAAGGACGUCAUGUUUGAUCUCAUGAUGCGCAACUCGUGGGGCCUUUAACCAGCCCACUUUGCCAACCCAUAAACUCCGCUUCAUUCC